UUCGACACCCAAAUGUGGUCAAAUUUAUCAAUAUCACCCCAAUCAAACUACAAUUAACCUCCGCCGGAAUCUCUCAAAAUCAACCACCAUGGACCACCGUCAACCACCACAACCUCCGCCGCCGCCGGUAGCAAUCAAUCACCAAACAACCACCCAAAUCCUCAAACAAACCACGAGAACCUUCAUCUCCAAUCUCCUCCUAUUCCUCUUCCUUUCUUCUCUCAUUCUCACUUUCCGUUCCAAUGUCGAAAAUGGUACCAACUACCUCACUUCCUUCAUCGAUCGUGACCCUUCUCUGAAAUCCAUUCUAUCUCGUAUUGACCUCUCUGGUCAACAGCUGCAGCAUCCUCAGCUCCAACGUGACCACCAUCGCCGCCGUCGACCUUUUCUUCACCUAUCCCGUGUAGGUACUCUGGAUGAUGAUUUCUUUUCUGGGGAUUCGGACCUUGAUAAAUCCCUAUUUCAUCCUUCUUCUAAACCUCAGCCGAAUUCUACUUACGUAAUUCUUUCCAAUUUUGACCCGAAUUUAGGGUUCUCAGACCAAAUUAUUGAUGAUGGGAUUUUGUUUCCUCAAGCAAUUCGUAAUGGGUUUAUCUCUUUCAAGUCUCCUUCAGAGACACAUAAUUUGUCUCAGGUUGAUAAUCCUGAAAAUGGUGUUGUUGAUUUGCAGUUUUUGAUAAAAGGUCUUGAAUUGGGUCGUGGUGAUGCUACAGCAUUGUUAUUUCUUGUUAGUUUGUUGUCAGCUGCCUAUGCUUAUGUGGUAUUGGCUUUUUUGGUUACUUACACUUGGAUUCAUGGGAUAAUUUUCUUGCAAGUGUUGGAUAAUGUGUUAGGGAAUUACAGGUCAGUUUUCAGGACUGCUUGGGAAGGUUCUAAUUUGGGGUUAAGAAGGCUUUCUGGGUUUGUUUUGAUGAGGUGGGCAGUAAAGGAUGCAUUAGCUCAAUUGUUGGGUAUUUGGGUUUUUGGAGAAAUUGAGGAUCAAUAUUCAUUUUUUAAGGUUUUUGUGAGGAUGAAAUUGAUGCCCUUUUCAGAUGUGGCGCCAUGGGUUACAGGGCAUGAGAAGGAAAGCUUGUGCUUUAUCAUCUCAUGGUUCUUGGUGGACUUGGUAGUGGGGUUUAUUUUUGCUGUUGAUUCUUGGGUUUCUAUUGUGGACUCGAGGAAAAGUGGUAGGGAGGUUGUCAAAGAAGGAUGUCAUUUGUUGGGUAUUAUGGUGUGUCCUGCUAUAGGAAUCAAAUGUUGGGAAGUUUUGGUUUGUGGGUGGUGUACAAGAUGGAUAUUGGGUCGAAUAUUUGGAGAAGUGUUUGCACUGGCAUUUCAGUGUGUUAUGGAAGUUUAUUUUAUGGUAGUUUGGUUAACAUUUUACUUGGCCGCAAGGUAUAAUGAUGCCUCCUCAGUUGGGAGGACAUUUGGACGAAGAGAAUUGGAAGGCUUUCUCGAGGGCGUUAGAUGAUACUAGGUGGGAAGUGCUAAAGAUUCAUUCCCCUGCCUUGGCAUUACGUUGAAAGAAGCUUUAACUGGAUGAACUAUCGCGCUGGUGGGGUAAUCUUUUGUGCUUUUGAUGUUCAAUGCUUCGAAAUGUGAGUCAGCACGACACUGUUUAAGAAGUCUCCAGCUAUGCUUUGUAUGUACUCUGUUGAGGCAAUAUAUGACUUGUAUAUUUCAUGGGAAUUCUUGUUGGCUAUUCCAUAUCCAUUUCGGGGUAUAUGCUUUACCAUACAAGUCUUUCAUGGUGAUGAAACCUGAAAACUAGUUGUAAUUGUUGUAUUUUUCCUUUUACCAUUAAGGGUAAGAGAUUAAGUGAGCCCUCCUCUUUUUUCUUUUGA